UCAUCUAACGUUGCCGUUUGAACUGCCCGGGCUGAAAAGCACUCUCCCCCCAUUUCAUGCUCAAGCAAGGUCCUGAUGGAUUUGCGGUGCUCUCGUGCAGCUGUGGCUCAAACUAUUUCCUUCAAAACCUCACCUAUUUUACACAGAACGAAAGCAUGCAGCGUAAAACCUCGAUGUACGCUUAACCCCUGGCGAGUCGUCGGUCACUGACUUACACUCCUACCUAGGUAGGUAGUUAGUGGCUACCGCAUGUUCAAUCCGAGGCAGGUCUAGGUCAAAUGGUAGCCCCGAACUCAGCUGCGUGAGCAUGCGUUUCCAGGCCCAGAGGGAAAGAGGGAAAUCCUGCAGGCAGACACCAAUCGGACGGAAUCAAGCGCGUUGGCUUGCUAGUCCAUGGGCAGCGCUGGACUGGAUUACCCCGCCUUGCAGCUGUGUUUUCGUCGAUCGUUUUCAAUCGCUUCGACCGACCAGCAUUCUGCUGCCUUCAAUUCUUUCAGUCCGUCAAGCACAGCCCGGUUGCAGCCGUCUUGUUGUCGACAUAGCAAGAUGUCUCUCGUCCCCCCAGUCUCCCGCGAUGGCUGGUCCUACUCGGGCGAGUUCCAUGUUGAGGCCAGCGGUCACAACCGUCAUCGUCGCGCGACCAUCCCGGAGCUCAUAGCCGUGUUCAGCGGUGCCGAUGGCUCCAAGGACCGCCCGGCGCAUUGGUACGAGGCACAGCUUAUGCAUUACGGCUUGCCGCCGUCUAAGAACAAAGGAACCGCCAAGAUGAGACUCUUUGAGGCCGUCAACAGCGGGAAUCUCGCCGUGCCCCCGCACAUCCUCAAGGUCGAAUCCGAGCUGAAGAAGGAAUGGACCAAGCGCGAGCGAGAGGCCAAGCAAGCGCUCAAACAGCUGGCAGCACCAGCCUCGAGCACACCCGCAAAGGGAUCCAACAAGCGGAAAGCCGACACUGCCCAACUCGCAGCCGGGCCCGGGACCAACGUCAACAUCAACCUCGCUCUGUCUAUCGGUCCCCAAGGCAACGUGCAGGUCGCGCCCGCCGAGCCCGCAGCGAAGAAGGCCAAGACCACCAAACCAGUGUCUGGUGGGAAGGCAGCGAAGCCGGCUGAAGUCCCAGGGCCGUCCACCCAGACGGAUCCACGCGCAAAGCAGACGGCCCGACGUGGUACCUCAUCGGCUAGAGGCGGCGGAUCAGUCUCAUCCAGCCGUACAUCCGAUACGAGCGGCAAGCCGGGAGGGCGCCGCCAAAUCCAGACGGCUCGGCGCGGUCGCCCAUUCACUAGCAAAGCUGCUCCAAGCCGGCCGGCGGCGAGCAGCGGCCAAGCUCCCCAAUUCGACACCACCCCCUUGCAGUGGGACUCGCCAGACGACCCUCCCCCGCCCUACCCAGGAUCUCCCGAACAUCUCAGCGACGGCACCAGCGGCGACGGCCAGUAUGGCCAGAAUGACGACCGCUUGCCUCCUUUGGGCCUGUUAAACGGACGCUAUCACCUGCGCUGCAUCGACCCGCCCGAGUUCGCGGACGACGAUUCAAACAUCAUCUUCACCCUCGACGGCGACGCCCUCUGGGGUUCGUUCGAGAUAGGCCCCGUGGCUGGUAUUCUCCGUCUGGACGAGCGGCCCUGGCGGGCUUCGUACGAGCCGCUCUACUUUCAGUGGCGUGGGGAGGAUCUCCAGGGCGGGACACACGCGGAGACUGACGAUGGAAGUUACAUCAAGUUCCUGGGUGAUGGCAAGGUUGUUGGUAGGCUUGGGUUCUACCGCUCCAUGCUCGAAUUUGAGGGCUUUCGGGCGAGUGGACAGCAGACGCGCAGCGAGAUUAGCCCGCCCUCAAUGAGACGGGAGUGGGAGCAGCGUUGGCUGUAGGAUUGGUAUUUCUGGGUCGCCACCCAAUAUUGGUCUCCCAAUAUUGGUCUCCCGGAUUUGCUGCCGAAGAUUGCCGCCUAGCCAGCCACAUGAACGGU